AUGUCGAGGCAGCCUCGUAACCCAGCAGCCUCUGCCCAACCUGCCACGACUCGCCAGAAUGAAUACUUCGUACCGCGCGAUGGCAUCGAUCGCGAGGUCAUCUCAGCUGAUAUCUGCCGCUACCUCGGAAACGAUGCCUUGGUGCGGCCCGGCCAUUAUGAGAACCCUCAAACCGGUCAAGUGGUUCAGGGAUAUUAUAUAACUGCGUACCGAAACCUGACAACCGCCAUGAUUGAAGACUUGAAAGCCGAUUCGGCGCGUUGGGAUAGUGAAAGGCGGGCGCAAACUUCGCGCAAUACCCCUGGAGUCCAAUAUCGCUACUCCGAGACCCAUCAGUCUCGACAACAUCACGGACCGACCGAGGCCCCUUUCCAACCCGAGUCGUAUCCUCGUGAAUCUUUCGACGGUCCAAGAUACCCGGGAUCUGGUGCUCCUGGAUAUACAGGGGCUUCUAACGCAUAUCAGCAGCCUCCUCCUCAACAGUCGUAUGUUGCUUCAAACGGCGGUGGUUUCAAUGUCGGAUAUCAACAAACCCAACAAUCUGCACCCUCGGAUCCAAGAUUUGUCCCUGCCCAGCCCGGAUCCAUGAUGCGCCCAGGAUAUCAACAAAAUCAGGAUCCUCCUUACAUUGGUACAGGUGCCAACCUGCCACAGUCGGGUUAUUCCGGUUCCAGUGAUCCGUAUUCUAACCGAAUGGCAGCCUCCGCUGGCACUCCCCAGCAGCCUGUCUAUUCAACAGCACCUCCGCCUCAGCUUGGAUACCCAGCCCCGGCACCUCAAUAUCAGUAUCAAAGUCAGGCCCCUCUACCAACCGCCGGCGGCCACUCGUAUCCAGCGAUGCAACCCCAUGACCCAUUCUAUGGUCGAGCUUCACCAGCAGGCCCCGUUCCCCCCCAGCAGCAGCAACCACCGUCUUCGGUAUUCGCUUCCCCGGGACAGCAAUUUGAUGAAACCCACCAAACCCGCCCCUCUUUGGCCACAGCAAGAAACCAAACACCUCCCAGUGGAUCAAGCAAUCGCCGUCCUGACGGCGAUCGACAACACCGGCCCACUCGGCGAUAA